CGCGGCGAGUUCGAUCGGCUGAUCAUGGCGGACGGCGAGGAGCUGGACAUCUACGCUGGCAAGAUCGGCUACAUGGCCGCCAAGUUUGCAAGCCUCGGCGGGACGCUGAGCGACGCCCAGAUGGUGAAGAAGCUGCUCGACACCGUUCCGGACUCGCUGUUCGCGGCGGUGGCCGGCAUCGAGCAGUUCUGCGACGUCGAGACCAUCUGCUUCGACGACGUGCUCGGGCGUCUCAAGGCGUUCCAGGAGCGGACAGAGCGGCGCAAGGCGGCUGUUGGCGGAGAGCGUCGUGGCGACCAGCUGCUGCUCACGGCCGCUCAAUGGGAGGCACGACGCCGUCAGCGCGGCGGUGGCCACGACCACGACGACGACGACGACGGGAGCAGCGUGGCCUCGGGAGCGAAGGGGCGGCGCGGCAAGUGCUGGAAUUGUGGCGUUCGCGGCCACUUCUCCCGUGACUGCCGGCAGCCCAGGAAGGAGAAGGCGCUCCUCGCAGACGUGGAGGACCAUCCGUGUCUCCUGUAGGUCGCGGUUUAGGGGGAGAUUGUUAGGAAAUAAACCGCGCGUAUGUGUGCGUGCGUGGCGUGCGUGUGUCUAGUUCUAGUCGUGUUCGUGUUCAGGUUGGUUCGAGCCGGUUUGUGGCAUCGUAGGGAGCAGGUAGUAAGCGCAGGGUAGGCCGAGGUCUCGCGGAUGAGGUAGACUCACGAUCGAGAGAAGAUGGAUCGCGGCGUACGCGCGCCGGAGCGAUCGGAAGUUGCUUGGGUACCACGUUGAUGAAGUUGCGUGGAAGCUACGUUUCAGCUUGCGUGGGUGCUGCGUUGCUCAGCUAUAAAAAGGCUUGUAAUCUGUCCAGAUUUGGUGUGGAGAAAUAAAGGGGCUGUACGUGCGGCCGGAAAACAACUCCCGUAUUUCUUC